AUGUCUUCCGCAUCUGCCUUUUCACGCCUCGUGCGCUUUGUGCCCAAGUCGAACACGACAAAGGUGCUUAUCGGCCAGCCGACGCAGCAGGAGCUUGAUAUCGGCGCCGCAGUCCGGAAGGGCCAGGAAGUCGCGGCCCAUGUCUUUUCGGGCUCCUCAGUCUUGGCGCCGGGGCAGAACACCGGUGCGACAGAGACUAUCGAGCGCAUCUUGUCGCCCCUGGCUCAGAACGAGGUCGGCACUAUCCGAUGCAUCGGACUGAACUACAAGCAGCACGCCGCGGAGGUCAAAAUGGACAUGCCCACCAUCCCGACGGUGUUCAUGAAGCCAAGCACGACGCUUGCAGACCCCUGGCCAGCACAGACCAUUCUUCCCAAGCUCACUCAGGCUGAUGACUGCGGCGACUACGAAUCCGAACUGGCCAUUGUGAUCGGCCAGACGGCUAAGAACGUCAGCGAGGCUGACGCCAUGAACUAUGUUCUCGGCUACACAGCAGCCAAUGACAUCUCGAGCAGGACCUCACAGCUGAACCAAUCCCAAUGGUCCUUCUCCAAGGGAUUCGAUGGAGCCUGUCCCAUUGGCCCUACCCUGGUGUCCACGUCGAUUGUCCCGGACCCUUGCAAGCUGAGGAUCCGAGGUCUGAAGAAUGGCAACGUCGACAUGAUCUUUAGCGUCCCCAAGCUAGUCAGCUUCCUGUCUCAGGGCACCACUCUCCCCGCUGGGACAGUGAUCAUCACGGGCACACCCGCUGGCGUUGGUCUGGGCAGGAAACCCAAGGAGACCCUCCGAGAGGGAGAUGAAUUUGCGGUCGAGAUUUUGCCCCAUAUCGGCACCCUAGUCAAUGUUUUCAAGAACGAGGUUUGA